AUGGAGUUUGAAGGACCUUUGAGUAUCCCAGAGGACGAAAGCAAAAGCGAAAGCGAAAGCGAAAAUGAAAGCGAAAAUGAAAACGCAAACGCAAACGCAAACGCCGGCAAUGACAGUGGUACGACAUCAUCCAGAAAAACCAGAGACGUGUAUCCCUACUCCACUCGCAAUCGAAAUCGCAAUCGCAUGCUUUUCACCCUCCUUGCGGUCUCAAACCCACGGAUCCGUUUUCUCCAGCCUGGAAAUUCAGUUAUUCCGCCGGAACAUGUUUCCGCAAUAUGGCGAACCCUGAGCGCGGGCUCUGGCCUGCACUUUAUUCCACGCGCCUUUGAAUCUCUUCUUCAUAUCCAUGAUCCAAAUGGCUUCGAAAACAUCCAGCCUCACAUGUUUGACGAAUCUGCAGCCGUGUGGAAUGAUGAGUUAAGCCAGGUUUGGAACCACGUCCACGGCAUAUACAAGCAAGCCGAGCGUUGCCACAAUUACCACAAGAACAAAGAAGCAUGGGUGCAACUGGUACGACACAUGCUGACGCUCUCAGGCGUGGGGUGGCUUAAUGGCAUGGUGGAGAUCAACAGCGUACAAAGCCAGGCUGUUUGUAGAGAUCUAUUAUCCACGCUUCCUGAUAAUGUCUUCCCGCUUGCCCGAAAAGUUGACUUGGCUCUUGCUUUCAAUCCCUCUCAUCCUGAUAUCAAAGGCCCGUGGGAUGACCUCCACCUGAAACAUGAAGGAGUUCGCCUCAGUCAUAUAGACGAUGCAUACACUGGUACACUUGUCGUGGGAUGCGGCAUCAACGUUAAAGAGCCCGGAGGCGACUAUGACGAGGCGAUCAUGCAGCUUGGGGUAUGGUCGGCGGCAGCCUUGGAGCUGCUGCUAGUAUUGGCGAGUUCGGAGGCAAGGAAGAAGUUAUACCCAUAUCUCGGCAUCACGGUCAUCGGGCACGAGUGGAGACUUCAUCUUUCUUGGAAAAUUGUUGGGAGUGAUGACAAGCUUGUGGUCGGACCAUUCCCGCUGUUUUCGUUGAGUACAGUAAGCUAUACUGGCAUAUUCGCCCUUCGCCAGCUUCUGUCCAGAGUGCAUUCGUAUCUCUGUCUGGACUAUUGGCCUUGGUACAAAUCUGCAGUUUUACUACCACUGUCCGCAGUGCCAUUCAAUGAAUUAGAAGGGUAUUGUUACCGAACAUGAAAUGCAGGCGUUUCAGCCGAGAUCAUAUUGCCUCCAUGGGCCAGAUGGGUUAUCCGUUAUUGGCCUCAUAUCAAACAGGCAUGAUAUGCCUACGUCUCUCACUUAGCGGUGGUACGCCUACUUCCAAUUGGGACCAAGGAUAUAGAGCUUGAAUCGCACAAUGCUUACAGGGCGUAUUGGGACAUUG